UGGCGAACUUCAACAGUCACCGGGAUCGGUCCGAACGGUCGACUUGCUGAUAUUUUAUAGUUCGCCACAUGUUGAUUAAUUAAAUAUAUCUAUAUUAUUGCGACGAGUGUCAAAAAUCGGGGGUGAUAAUAUUCGUUCCAAGGAUUCCGUCGAAACACGGAAUUCUCGUUGGGGCGAAUUCGCGUUGGCUCAAACGAAAAAUCGAGUUACGUCACGCACAUCAGUAGCAGCAGCACGAAGCACAGCAUUCGUGUUCGAGUUGAUUUCAACGGUGCGUCCCCUCGUACUCAAGUUUUCUGUUUUUCACAAAAGUGACAUUAAUCAGAGGCACGCACGCGCUUAUUUCGUUGAUCGUCAUUUCGAAUUUAUUGGAUUCGUGAUUUUGGAUAUAACCUAAAAAGACGGAAAGCGGAUGUCUUGAAAGCAAAGACGAGGUGACUGCGCGCUGCCUCUUGUCAACCACUUUGACGAGAAGGGGGUACAACUUUACGGUAUAACCGGGAAAUUUGCCAAAAUUCCGGUCCCCACUAGGAAACGAGAAGGCCCCCAACAAACCGGCGGCAGGAAUCCAUCUACUGAAGAGGAUACAUCGUCCGCUGGCAGGAUGAAUAGCAAAAGAAAGAAUCGUUCAAACACUACCACUAGAUCCCCGCGGGCCAGGGAAAGGAGUGUAGCAGCUGAGGGUGUUUAUAAUAAUGCACAUUUUAUGCAUGCAAUCACAAGUCAUGUUGGAAACGUUGUGCAGAUACAAACACAAAAUGGUUCAAUAUAUGAGGGAAUAUUUAGAACUUUUUCCAGUCAGUUCGAUGUUGUUUUGGAAAUGGCUCAUCGAGUUGAUACAGAUGGAAAAAUUAGUGUGGAAAGUGUUGUAGAAAAAUUGAUUUUUAAACCCCAGGAUAUUAUAACAAUGACUGCUAAGGAUGUAGAUUUGGAUUAUGCUAUAAAAGAUACAUUCCAAACUGAUACAGCUAUUAGUAAAUUUAAUGGUCUAAUACGUCAAAGAGAAUUGCAGCCCUGGGAGGCUCCAACUACUGUAAAUGGUGAUGACUUUGUAUUGGAAGGGGGUUCUAAUGGAUGGGAUGUUAACGAGAUGUUUCGUACGAAUGAACAAAUAUACGGAGUUCAAUCUACUUUCGAACCCUCCUUGGCUGGAUAUACGUUGCAACUUCAGCGAAAGGAUACAAAGGAUUACAAGGAUCAGGAACAAAGAGCGGCAGAUAUAGCACACGAGAUUGAAUCACAGCCAAAUUAUAAAGCUCGUUUAGAUCUUGAGAAUGGCGAUGAAGAAGAAAGAUUCGCAGCAGUGUUAAGGCCGAAUGAAGGUAAAUAUGUGCCGCCAGCAAAAAGGAAACAUAUAAAUACUGGAAAACUAGUGCGAUCAACUCCGCCACCAGUUUCUCCUGGACCAACAACAAAUAAAAAUACUUUCAGUCAGCCACCUCCAUCAAAUUCACCAUCUUCAAAUCCACCAUCAUCAAACGUGAAUAUUUCACAGCCGACAAACAUUCCAGUGGGCAUAACUGCGCAUCCAUCAUCACAAACACAUUCAAUCCCCAUAAAUACAGGGAUGCCAAGUGGUGUAAUUGUUAAUUAUCCUCCACCUUUUGUGCCAACGCCUACAACUCAACCACCACCAAGUGCAGGAAUUUCUGUUGUACCAUCAGCGCAAUCUCAAUCACAAACUACAUCUUCGAUUCCGCAAAUUGCUUUCUCUCAGCAGCAGCAACAACAAUCAUCACAAUCAUCGCAGAAUAAUGUCAAUACUGAAAAACGCGAACGACCCGGUCGACAGCUACAUCAAGCUGAUAAAGCACCACCAGCACCAUUUCCCCAAGCAAAUAUUGCUUCACAUCAACAACAAAUGCAACACGCAUCUCAUCCUCCAAUUCAACAACAGAAUUCCAUUGAAGCACAGAGAUGUGAAAUUAUUCCUCCCAAGACGGAGCAUAGAAAGAUUACAACACCAAGAGGAAGAGAUGAACAUCACGCGGAUUUGGCACAAUUUUCACGUGACUUUAAACUUAGUGAAACGCCAGCUCAAGAGACACCGCCUAUUACGAGAAAACAUCAACAAUCACAGCAUCAAGAGACACAUUCCACACCGGUACAACAACCUGCUCAUCAUCAAUCAACUCAUCAACAUCAAACUUCUCCCCAAGCUCAAACACAAACUCCACAAGCCACACAUCAAUCACAUCAAUCACAUACACCACAUCAACAAUCUGUGUCCGAGAAGCCAUUAGUCACCUGUAAACCACCCCCGCUUCCAAUUCCCGUUCAGACUAAUUCUCCUCCUCAACAACAACAACAACAACAGCAGCAACUACAACAACAACAACAACAACCACCACCACAGACAACUCCAUCGAUUCCAGUUUCGGAACCGGCUGUCGAUAAAAUAACAACUGCUUUUAAGAAAUCUACAUUGAAUCCAAAUGCUAAAGAAUUCAAUCCGAAUGCUAAACCGUUCACACCGCGAUCUCCGAGUACACCAACACCAAGCAGACCUCACACUCCUCAAACACCACAAUAUAGUGGCGCUGCAAUGUCUGCUACUGUUGUAAUGCCAGCGUAUGUAAUGACAAGUCAACCACCCACUGCUUUCACACAACCCCCAACCCAACCUGUUACAAGGUUCCGGAAGGGUCAGUAUCUAGUACCCAUGAUGCCACAUCGCGCGCCAGACAUUGCAUCACAAAUGCAAGUGGCAGCGGCAACUGGACAACCAUUACUUGCUCCAGCGCCUCUGCAUCCACCAUUCCAGGUGCCUUAUCCAAGUCAACAAACUUAUCAACAAAUGGUGCGCAUGGUACAAGCGCCACCACCACCGCCGCACAUGGGAACGCCUUAUCAUCAUCAUCAUCAUGAAUCACCAGGUCCCCAAGCACCAGGACUUCAGUAUAUGGGACCACAUGGUCAUCCACAUCAUGUUGCACAGCAACCACCUAGCCAAACACCAUCACCAGCUAAUCCCAAUCAAUCACAUACUCCAGGAGCCUAUAAUCCUCCAGGUACACCACAACCAUCAUAUCCUCAACCACCACCACAAGGUCACGCAGCAACCUAUCCCAUAAUGUGUCCAAUUAUUCCUCAACAUUUACCUCUACCUCCUCAACAUAUGCAAUACCUUCCACCCCAACCACCUGGACAAACUAUACCAGUUAUUCUCCCUCAUAAUCAAUAGCUGCUUCGAACAAUCAAUAGAGAAUGAGAGGGUUUAUAUAGUAUUCAGCAAAGAUAUAUAGGAAAAAGAAUUUAAAUUUUUAAUAUUAAAAGUCAACUCACUAUUGAUAUUCGCUGUUGUUUCAUCAACUCGAGUUUAAUUCGGCUCUUUUUCCUAUUUACUGCCAUAAAAACACUUCUCUGGCCUAGUUCAAGGCGAUUGUUGCCUGGAAACAUUUUCCAAGCUCAUUAUUCAAAAUAGAGAAGCUAACAGAAAUGAAUAUUAUUAAUCAAAAAAAAAAAAAGAAAUUAAAUAAAAAAAAGCCGAAACUCUAAUAACAAAACAGCGCGCGAGACCUAUAUUGAAAACGAUUUUCAAGUUGACUUUUAUAUCGAACUGGGUUACGUCAAUAUUACAACGCAAGAAUUUCAAAAAAAUGAAAACGCGUCAAGUGUAACUGAAAGUAUCCCAUCACUUUGCGACAAUUUUAUUUCACCCUCCAACUCUUGACUACAUACGUUCUAUACCAAAGCAAAAAAAAAAAAAAAAAAAAUACAAACAAACGAGACAAUUUACAAGAAAUUACGAAAAAGGAAGUCGAUGUUUUUUUUCUUAAACUGGCUUUAAGAAUUGCACACGUCUAUUCUUUUUUUUUUUUUUUUUUGAGUGUUAUCCCCCAUUUAACGAGAUAAAAAAAAACUCGUUUUAAUCAAUAAGUUUAAAUUCGCCUAUUCACGAGUUUAAUCUUUCUUGAGUUUCAACUCGUAUUUUUGUGGGUUAAAACUCGUUAAACUUUCAACACGACUGAACGGAAAUAAAGAAAAAAAAAAAAUUAGGUUCCAAAAUAAAAAAAAACAUUUUCAGCAGAAUUAACUAUCGCACCCUUUCUCUCUCUUCAUGGAUAUUAUUUCUUUUUAUAGUGAAUUUUUGAAAGAAGAAGUUUUGCGAUUAUUUUCAAUCACGCGUGAUCUGCUGAAUAAUAAUGAUUGUGUAGAAAGAAAAAGAGGAUAAAAUUGUUGAGAUGAGAAAAAAAAAAAAGAAAUGUUAAGAUCGCUAAUCGAAAUCCAUUCUCAUCGAAAUAUUAGAAAAGGUAAAAAAAGUGCGUAACACAGGGUGUUUAAAAAAGAUCGCAAGCUCUGUGAAUUGUUGAUAUUGAGUUUUGUUAUGGUUCUUGUAAAAAAGAAUUAGGAAAGCAAAUGGCUCACAUGGUUUCUCAAAUUCUUACACAUAAAUAUGGGAUUCCUGCAUUUUUCUCUUUAAAAAAAAAAAAAAAAAAACAAAAAACAAAAAAAAAAUAUCGAACGAUAUCGCGAAAUCAAUAACACGUGUUCCCUAUAUUAAAAAAAGGUACAGUAAAAAAAAAAUUUAAUAGAAAUGCUUUUAAAAAGUAGAUAAUUGCAAAAUUGACAAUUUUUUUAAAACAAAAAUAAUUCAAAUUCAAUAGUCCCAAUUUCACAGAUAAUUUCUUUAAAAAAAUAUGUACAUUAAGUUUUAAAUAAAAUUUAAAUUAAUAUAUCUUAUUAUUCAAAUGAAAUGACAAAAUGCUUUUCAAGUUAAAUUACUUAUUCAUUUUAGACAUCGUUUUUCCAUUAGAAAACAAAAAAUAAUCUAUACCAAUUUUUUUUUAUUUAAAAAUUUUUGUGUAAAGAAAAAUAAGCAUGAUUUUAUCCACAAACAAUAAAACUAAAAGAAAUGAUUAAAAAUUAAUUAAAAAAAAAAAAAUCCGUAAAUAAUUGUUAAAAUUUUCUGUAAUUUAAGACAAAAAUUUGUAAAUAACAAAACCUUGUAUUCAGUUGAUCCUUCAAAAUGUGUUUGUUAGAAAUGAAAAAAAAAAUGCAUCUUAAUUAUUGUCACGGAAAAAAUGAAAGGUCUGCUUCCACACGUUAAACUAUCUUUUAGGUACUACGACAUUGCGUUCUAUUUUUUAAAGGUGCUAAAUUUGCACUAGGUAACUUAAAAUCUGUACCUAAGGAAAGAAUCGCAUAUCGUCAGAUAUCGUUGAAAAAAAAAAAUUAUCUUUUACGGCCUUAGACCUAGUCGUGUACAUAAGAUGGGAAGGUAGGGAACGAUCCUCAUUUGGAAGGUUCACUGCGUGGUAUCGUUAGACACAAAUUUUAUAUCGAAGAGAUUUAAACUUGAAAAAAAACAUCAAAAUAAAGUAAAAACUUUAAAAGCCAAA